AUCAACAUGAGCUUAACAUUUUACACUAUGAAUAAUUUAUUGGACUUCGAGAAUAACCAUAAUUUUUUGUUUUUUCGUAAACUAAUAACCAUAAAUUUUCACCACUGAAGUAGUCAUUUAAUGGAUUAACUUGUCCCUAAGGCCAAGUCAGUUGUAUGUACUAGGAGUAUAAAGUUAAACAUAAUGAAUAUGGGUUGGAAAAAAUACAGUAUGAUCUAAAAAGAGAGGCAAUGUCACUGAUAUUAAAUUUAACAAAGCAUCAAAUUAUCAGGUGAUAUGUAACAUACAGUAAGUCAGAAAUUAAGUAACGUAAAAUAGGGCCUGCUUAAUUACUUGGUAUAACUUUGCUUUCAAACAUCAGAGUGCAGUAUGAACAUUGACAUAAACCAAUGGGCCGAUGGAUCAUGGGGUUUAGAUAAGCCACUCAACAAAUAUUGGCGAAUAGGCUUAACAGUCUUCAAACAUUAGGCCCAAUCUUCAUACAAACGAGCUACACCUUUUUUGUUAGGACAAAACUACCGGUCAUUGCCUUUAACUCCAGAGAGAUCUGAGGACUAUACAUAUACUAUACACCUCCUCUCUAAUGUUAAUAGUACCAAACAGAAAAAUCUAACUACAUCUAUAGUCCGAAAUCUUGUUGUUCCUACAAAAUGCAUUAUUACCCAAUCAAUAAAUAGAAAGUUCUGUUUUGUAUUUUUCUGUUAAUUUGUUUUACUAAGUUCAAACAAAUCAGUUUGAUUUGGUCACCAAGUUAUAUUGUGAGUGGUCUUUUGGUAUAUUCUUAGUGACUAAGAAAUAGAUAAAAAUGCAAAUCAACUCCGGAAGUAUAUGCUUUUACAUUCCAAUUUAUUUAUUUCAUAAGAUUUGGCUGCUUUACAGUCAAUCAACUUUUUUUAUUUUUAAUGUUUUUCUUUCUUCUUUUUCCAUGCACGUUGGUAUUAUGGUGUAAACAAUUGCAGUGAUACCCCAUUGUUAGUUUCUUUAGCAAGGAUUUAGUAUAAAACAACUUUUGUUUUGAAGAAAACUACAUACACCGAAUCUCUGUUUCUGCAUAUCCUAUCACCUUUCACUUUAACACUUUCUUUAAUUCGUUUCUUUUUGGAGAAAAAGCUUACUUAAGUUAAUUAAAAAGUCAUUUUCCACUUUUAUCUUUAUGACAUCUAAGACCAAUUAUGCAAGCUAAUUAACAUUUUGCCUCUUGAUUUAAUCACCAACAUGUAGUAAUCAAACUCUGGACAUACCUUUUCUUUUUCUGAAAUUCCAGGUUAACCAAGUGUUUUCACAUAUGCAUGCCAAAAUAUGUGUGGUUAAGUGAUAUAAAAUUGUGUGUUCAAAAAAAAAAGGUUGAGUGAUAUAAAAUUAGGAGUAAACAAAAGAGUUAAUUUAAUAUUUUCAUUUUAUUAAAAUAUUAUUUCGAGCCUUUUUAAUUAAAAUACUAUUGUUUUUUUUGCAAUAUAUUUUUAAUCACCGUUUUCCCUCGCAAAAAGAAGAAAAAAACGUCUCUCCAACUAAUAAAUAAAGAAAAGCAAAAAGAAAUCGCACCAUCAUCAUAUCUCCUCACACCCCAAAAAAAAAAAAAAAAAAAAAAAUCAAAUCCCUUUUUCAAAAAACUUCCGCCAUGGAAACUCACCUCGCUAAGCAAUUAACACCUUUAUAUAACACUCUCCACUCAUCUCCCUCCUCCUCCCGAAUGCUUCCCUCCAACUACUAUGUCUCACGAAAUCGUCCCCGUGGACCCCAUCGACCUCCCCAGCACGAGCUACUCACGCCCCAUCACGUCUCCACAAGAUUCGCCGGAACACCACCACCACCACUACACCAGGUCCCUCACUUUCCGCGAACACGUCUCCGAGCCCUUCGACAGCGAGAGGCUUCCCGCCACAUUGGCCUCAGAGAUUCAGAGGUUCCUUCGUAUUGCCAACUUGGUUGAGUCCGAGGAACCUCGUAUCGCUUACCUUUGCCGUUUCCAUGCGUUUGAGAUAGCUCACCACAUGGACAGAAACUCGACGGGGAGAGGUGUACGGCAGUUCAAGACUUCUCUUCUUCAAAGGCUUGAACAGGAUGAAGAGUUUACUGUGAUAAGAAGGAAGGAGAAGAGUGAUGUUCGAGAACUCAAACGUGUUUAUCAUGCUUACAAAGAGUAUAUUAUCAAACAUGGUGUUGCUACUUUCAAUUUGGAUCAUAGUCAGCGAGAGAAGUUGGUUAACGCACGGAGAAUUGCUUCUGUUUUGUAUGAAGUCCUUAAGACUGUCACUAGUGGCGCUGGCCCUCAGGCUAUUGCGGAUAGAGAAAGCAUUCGUGCAAAAUCUGAAUUCUAUGUUCCCUAUAACAUUCUUCCCCUUGACAGAGGAGGUGUUCACCAAGCAAUUAUGCAUCUACCUGAGAUUAAAGCUGCUGUUGCAAUUGUACGUAACACUCGUGGGUUGCCUCCUCCAGAGGACUUUCAGAGACACCAGCCUUUUGUGGAUUUGUUUGAGUUUCUGCACUACGCAUUUGGUUUCCAGAGUGGAAAUGUUGCCAACCAAAGAGAACAUAUGAUCCUACUACUCAGUAACACCAUUAUACGCCAACCUCAGAAACAGUCUUCACAACCAAAGUCUGGUGAUGAGGCAGUAGAUGCAUUGAUGAAGAAAUUUUUCAAAAACUACACAAGCUGGUGCAAGUUUCUUGGGAGAAAAAAUAACAUCAGGUUGCCCUGUGUGAAAAAGGAAGCCCUACAAUAUAAAACGCUAUACAUAGGACUCUACCUUCUCAUAUGGGGAGAAGCUUCGAAUUUGAGGUUCAUGCCAGAGUGCUUGUGUUAUAUUUUCCAUCAAAUGGCAUAUGAAUUACAUGGAGUUUUAGCUGGUGAUGUUAGUAUGAUAACUGGGGAGAAGGUCGUUCCAGCAUAUGGUGGAGGUCACGAAACUUUUCUUAAGAAAGUAGUUACCCCAAUAUACAAAGUUAUCGAAAAGGAAGCUGAGAAGAACAAGAAUGGAACUGCUGAUCAUUCUAUGUGGAGAAACUACGAUGAUCUCAACGAGUUUUUCUGGUCUAUUGAAUGCUUCGAAUUAGGUUGGCCAAUGCGUUCGGAACAUGACUUUUUCUGUGUAGAGCCAUUAGAUACCAGUAAACCAAGGAGAUGGAGAGAAAAACUUAGAUUCCGCAGGCAGACGAAGAAAACAGAUGAAGAAAUGGAGGAUGACGAAGAACUUGGGCCUAUAACUGAGGAACAAAUUAAACCAACACAAAGGUGGCUGGGGAAGACAAAUUUUGUAGAGAUUCGUUCCUUCUGGCAGAUAUUCAGGAGCUUUGACAGAAUGUGGAGUUUCUUUGUUUUGUCUCUACAGGCAUUAAUUAUUAUGGCUUGUCACGAUGUGGGAUCUCCACUCCAAAUUUUCAACGCCAACAUAUUUGAAGAUGUCAUGAGCAUUUUCAUCACUUCUGCAUUUCUAAAGCUUAUAAAAGGUAUUCUUGACAUAAUCUUCAAGUGGAAAACCAGAACCACAAUGCCGAUCAAUGAAAAAAAGAAACAGAUGGCGAGGUUGGGCUUCGCUGCGAUGUGGACAGUUAUUCUACCAGUUCUUUAUUCUCAUUCAAGAAGGAAAUACAUUUGCUAUUUCACAAGUUACAAAACUUGGCUUGGUGAAUGGUGUUUUUCUCCGUAUAUGGUGGCGGUCACUAUAUACCUGACCGGAAGUGCGGUUGAGCUGGUCUUGUUUUUCGUUCCUGCCAUCAGCAAAUACAUUGAGACCUCGAAUCAUCGCAUUUUCAAAAAUUUGUAUUGGUGGGGACAGCCUAGGUUAUUCGUUGGGCGAGGAGUGCAAGAAACUCAGAUAUCACAAUUCAAGUACACUUUCUUUUGGAUUCUGGUUCUCCUAACCAAGUUUGCUUUCAGCUAUGCAUUUGAGAUAAAGCCUUUAAUAGAACCUACACGACUGAUAAUGAAAGUUGGCGUGCGGAAUUAUGAAUGGCAUGAAAUUUUUCCAGAAGUGAAGAGCAAUGCUGCUGCAAUUGUUGCAGUAUGGGCGCCAAUCAUGGUGGUUUAUUUCAUGGAUACACAAAUAUGGUACUCAGUUUUCUGUACUAUCUUCGGUGGACUGUAUGGAGUUCUGCACCACCUUGGUGAGAUCCGAACUUUAGGCAUGUUGAGAGGCAGGUUUCAUACUUUACCAUCUGCUUUUAAUGCAUCCCUUAUUCCACACUCAAUGAAAGAUGAGAAAAGGAGAAAACAAAAAGGCUUUUUCCCCUUCAACUUUUGCAGGGGAUCUGAUGGGCAGAAAAAUAGUAUGGCCAAGUUUGUCUUGGUAUGGAACCAAGUCAUUAACAGUUUCAGAACAGAAGAUCUGAUAAGUAACAAGGAACUAGAUUUGAUGACGAUGCCAAUGUCAUCGGAGGUAUUAUCAGGGAUCAUCCGUUGGCCUAUUUUCCUCCUUGCAAAUAAGUUUUCAACAGCUCUGAGCAUUGCGAAAGACUUUAACGGGAAGGAUGAGGGUCUUUAUCGAAGGAUUCGUAGAGACGAAUACAUGUACUACGCAGUAAAAGAAUGUUAUGAGUCUUUGAAGUACAUCCUUCAGAUUCUUGUUGUUGGUGAUCUCGAGAAAAAGAUCAUAUCUGGCAUAAUAAAUGAGAUAGAGGAAAGUAUCAGACAGUCAAGUUUGCUUGAAAAAUUUAAGUUGAAAGAGCUUCCAGCGUUGCAUAAAAAAUGUAUUGAGUUGGUUCAACUUCUGGUUGAGGGGAGUGAAGAUAAACUCCCUGUUGAGAAAAUUGAAGAGCAGCAUAGUAAACUUGUAAAGGCUCUUCAAGAUAUCUUUGAGCUUGUGACAAAUGAUAUGAUGGUACAUGGUGAUAGAAUUCUGGAUUUGCUCGAGCCUCUGGAGGAUUCAGAAGAGGACACAGGGAUUUUUAUGAGGGUUAUAGAACCACAGUUGUUUGAAUCCUAUGGAGAAAGAAGAUGCAUUCAUUUUCCGCUCCCGGAUAGUACUUCAUUGAGUGAACAGAUCCAGCGGUUCCUAUUGCUGUUAACCGUCAAAGAUAGUGCAAUGGACAUACCAGAGAACUUAGACGCUCGACGACGCAUAUCUUUCUUUGCUACUUCGCUUUUCAUGGAUAUGCCAGACGCUCCUAAAGUACGCAAUAUGAUGUCCUUCAGUGUCUUGACACCGCAUUAUCAGGAGGAUAUUAACUUUUCAACAAAGGAACUACAUUCCGCCAAGUCCAGCGUGUCAAUCAUCUUUUAUAUGCAGAAGAUUUUUCCAGAUGAGUGGAAAAACUUUCUGGAGCGAAUGGGAUGUGAGAAUUUAGACGCAUUAAAGAGAGAGGGUAAAGAAGAAGAGCUUCGAAACUGGGCUUCAUUUCGUGGACAAACAUUAAGUAGAACAGUUCGUGGUAUGAUGUAUUGCCGAGAAGCUCUGAAAUUGCAGGCCUUCCUUGACAUGGCAGAUGAUGAGGAUAUUCUUGAAGGAUAUGAUGACGUGGAACGAAGUAACCGACCUUUAGCCGCACAACUUGAUGCAUUAGCAGAUAUGAAAUUCACAUAUGUUGUCUCUUGCCAAAUGUUUGGAGCCCAAAAAUCAGCCGGGGAUCCUCACGCACAAGACAUCCUCGACCUUAUGAUAAAGUACCCAUCUCUCCGUGUUGCAUACGUUGAGGAGAGGGAAGAGAUCGUGUUGGAUAACCCUGAGAAGGUUUACUACUCUAUAUUGGUGAAAGCUGUCAACGGUUUCGAUCAGGAAAUAUACCGGGUCAAACUUCCUGGACCACCUAACAUCGGAGAGGGGAAGCCUGAGAACCAAAACCACUCCAUAAUUUUCACUCGAGGUGAAGCACUUCAGACGAUUGACAUGAACCAAGAUAACUACCUGGAAGAGGCUUUUAAAAUGAGAAACCUCCUUCAAGAAUUUCUUCGGAACCGUGGAAGAAGACCUCCAACAAUACUUGGGUUAAGGGAACACAUCUUCACUGGAAGUGUUUCUUCUCUAGCAUGGUUCAUGUCAUAUCAAGAAACCAGUUUUGUCACAAUCGGUCAAAGGCUUCUUGCUAAUCCUCUCAGAGUCCGGUUUCACUAUGGACAUCCUGAUGUCUUCGACAGAAUAUUUCACAUAACAAGAGGUGGUAUCAGUAAAGCAUCAAGGACUAUUAACCUAAGCGAGGACGUUUUCGCCGGUUAUAAUACAACCCUACGACGUGGAUGCAUAACCUACAAUGAGUACCUUCAAGUCGGAAAAGGUCGUGAUGUUGGCCUCAAUCAGAUCUCAAAGUUUGAGGCCAAGGUGGCUAACGGAAACAGCGAGCAGACCAUUAGCCGUGACAUAUACCGUUUAGGACAACGUUUUGAUUUCUUCAGAAUGUUGUCUUGUUAUUUCACAACCAUUGGAUUCUACUUCAGUAGCUUGAUCUCCGUGAUUGGGAUUUACAUAUAUCUCUAUGGUCAACUCUACCUCGUGCUCAGUGGGUUGCAGAAGACACUUAUACUUGAGGCUAAGGUGAAGAACAUAAAAUCAUUAGAGACAGCCCUUGCCUCUCAGUCAUUUCUCCAGCUAGGUCUCUUAACCGGUUUACCGAUGGUGAUGGAGAUUGGAUUGGAGAAAGGCUUUCUCAUAGCCUUUCAAGACUUCAUACUCAUGCAGCUUCAGCUCGCUGCCUUCUUCUUCACUUUCUCUCUAGGAACCAAAACUCAUUACUUCGGCAGAACGAUCCUCCACGGAGGCGCCAAGUACAGACCCACGGGGCGUAAAGUGGUGGUGUUCCACGCCAACUUCAGCGAGAACUACAGAUUAUAUUCGCGUAGCCACUUCAUCAAAGGGUUUGAGCUCAUCAUUCUACUGGUGGUCUACGAGCUGUUCAAGCAUACGUCUCAAAGCAACAUGGCUUACUCGUUCAUCACCUUCUCGGUGUGGUUCAUGUCGCUUACUUGGUUAUGCGCACCGUUUCUCUUCAACCCUUCGGGCUUUACGUGGGAGAUAAUAGUCGGAGACUGGAGAGAUUGGAACAGGUGGAUCAAAGAGCAAGGCGGGAUAGGGAUUCAGCAGGACAAGAGCUGGCAGUCUUGGUGGAACGACGAGCAAGCCCAUCUCCGUGGCUCUGGUGUUGGCGCUCGCUGUUUGGAGAUAGUUUUGUCUCUCAGAUUCUUUUUGUAUCAGUAUGGUUUGGUCUAUCACCUUGACAUCACCCAAAGCAGCACUAACAUCAUAGUCUACGCGCUUUCUUGGGUCGUAAUCCUCGCCACGUUCCUCACGGUCAAGGCCGUUGACCUAGGGAGGCAACUGUUCAGCACGAGAAAACACCUCGUGUAUCGGUUCUUCAAAGUCUUCGUCUUCGUGAGCAUUCUUACGGUCAUCAUCACACUAUCAAACAUCUGCCACCUCUCUAUCAAGGACCUUAUAGUCUCUUGCUUAGCUUUCUUGCCUACGGGUUGGGGUCUGAUUCUGAUAGCACAAGCUGUAAGGCCAAAGAUAGAAGGGACGAACUUGUGGGAGUUCACACAGGUUCUAGCUAGAGCUUAUGAUUACGGAAUGGGAGUGGUUUUGUUUGCACCAAUGGCUAUCUUAGCAUGGCUUCCUAUCAUCUCUGCGUUUCAGACGCGGUUUCUCUUUAAUGAAGCUUUUAACAGAAGGCUUCAGAUUCAACCUAUUCUUGCUGGCAAGAAGAAGAAGUAGACUUUUCUUCCUUUUCUUCCACGACUUUCCUUUGUACAUCUUUGUAACUAUUUCACUUGUUAAUUGCUGCUCUCUGUACAAAAAUUCUAUUGAUACAAAAUAUUUAACCGGUAUUCUCGAUUUUUUAA